AUGCACCGCCUGGAAAGGGCCUUGUCCUCAAGCUCGGUGCUGGACGACGAUGCGCCAUACUCCGGACGCGGCUCCGAGUGCUUCGACAUGGACCUGGACGAGGAGGAGGCGCUGCGUAAGGCGGCGCGCGCCGGCAUCCAGCUGCUGGAGACCAACCAGGCGCUCAAUGAGGAGGUCACCGCAUUGCGCGAGCAGGUAGCGGCGGUCGAGGGCGAACGGCCGAAGCUGCUUGCCCAACUGGGGGCGCGCGAGCAGGAGCUGACCAGCGUCACGGAGAACCGCAAGAGCCUGCUCAUGGAGGCCAGCGCGCUGCACAACGAGCUCAAGGCCAAGUCAACGCUGGUGACGGAUCUGCUGGAGAGGGAGGACGCGCUCAAGCAGCAGGUGCAGGAGGUUGAGGCGGCCAAGAUGCUGGCCGAGAGCGAGAUCGCCGCUCUGCGCGCGGAGUUGGAGCAACUCAAGGCAGACUCGGCCAAGGCGGAGAAUGCAGAGCAGAACUACGCAGUGGUGAACCCGGCGUCCACGUACGACUCGAACCAGGCCAGCGUGUUCACGUACUCGGACUACGAGGAGCUGCAACAUCGGCUCCACGCCACAUCGGAGGAGAACGAAGCGCACACUCUGGAGGUCAAGAGUCUGCGGAAAGAGGCCGACGCGCUGCGUCGCAAGGUGGCCAAGCUGCCGGAGUGCAUCGCGCACAUUGAACGACUGGAGAAACGGAAUGAGAAGCUGCAGAGUGCCAAUGAGACGCUGCGUGAAGAGCGGAUGGAGGAGCGAGCUGUACUGGACAGUCUCCGCUCGAUGAACCUGGUCUACAAGAAGAUCGCCGAGUCGCGUCCGUUUGCAGCUGACUGCACAUGCUCGCAGCAACCGGAGGAGGCAGACCCGCAACAGCUAGGCGUGACGGUGCGGGACGUGUUGAUUGAGACAAACAUGAAGCUCGAAUCCGAGCUGCGCGAACUGCGUGCAGCCAUGGACUUGCCUCAUAUUGUUUCGGAGAACGCUGAGGAAGAAGUGCUGGAGCAAGCGCUCAAGCGAGUGGGAAGCAGCAGCAGCAAUGGUUCAGCAGCGUCCGACACGACAAAUAGCAGUGGGGAAUCGAUGGAGACGGUGAAUGAACGCCUGACCCGCAAGUUGCAGAUCAUCACCGAGAAGUAUAAUCUGUCGAAAGAGAUGCUCCGCCACACGAAGGUCCAGUGGUGCGCUGCAGUCGCCUCUCAGAAGGCGCUGGAGGAAUGCAACAAGACGGCCCAGGAGGAAAUCUCGCGGCUCACACAGCAGCUUGACCACCACAUCGCAGCUCUGGCGGACGCAAAUGUCGAUGAAAAGGAAAAGCAAUUAAGUGCAAUGAUCGAUGGCGGUGGGAGCAGCAAGUGGACAGAGGAGACAGCGCCGUUCCCAGCCCCACCCGGAGAUCUCAACUCGCCGUUGAUCAAGUGUUUACUGGACAACUGGACCACCGAGAAGUCCAAAGUCAUGAUGCUCACGGACUGGUUGCACAAUUCGAUCCGAGGCACGGGCAGGGCGACCCCUCUACGGUUGCUCGGACUGAAAAGCGAAGUUGCGGCGGGCUUCACGCAGCUCCUGGUCCCGAUCAUGCGGGAACGGCACGGCGUUUCCGUCAGCAUCUACCGUCGCGAUAGCGUGCACGUGCUGUCGGACUUGGUGCUGCAGACCAACCACCCGAGCGUGACGGUGCAGUCGUAUGCCACAUCUACUACUUCCUCGCAGCCCGAAGUCGUACCGAAGCAGCCUCAGGACCCAGAAGAGAGCAGUGAGCCCGAGCUGGACUCCGCAUCGUGCCGAACACAAGGUAGCUCUUUACUCAAGGGCGAAGCGCAAUUCCUCAUGCUCCCGGACCCUGGACACUCGCAGCCGGCGUCGCCGUUCCCGCGCCAAAGCCUGAGCGGCUGGAAGGAGGAGAGCGCCGACGUGGCCACGCUCUUCUUCCCUGCCAACUUCCUGGAGCCCGCGACGCCCGAGACGUUCCUGGAGCUGGACCCCGCGGGCUUUUUCAGCAACAGCAACAGCAGCAGCAGCAGCAGUAGCGGUGCGACCAAAGGAAGUUGCACCGCUGCCAGUCGGCGGACGCCCCCCUCUCAGCUCGGCUUCAACUGCUGGUCCAAGCUCGAGCCGUCGCGCGAGCCGUGCACCGACGAGAUCCCGUGGCCGGACCUGGUCUUCUGGCUGGGCAACGCGUCGACCGGCGAGGUGGUGUGCUCGUGCGCGCAGUGCGCUCGGCGCGCCAUGCGUUGCAGCAGCGGGCACCGCUACUCGCCGUAUCCGCAACAACAACAACAACAACAACAGCAGCAGCAACAACGGCGAGUGUCGUCGCGAGUGCCAGUGAUCAACCUGCCGCGCAUCGAGGGCGUCAACUGA